GUGCGCUGCCGGCCCCGACUUUUGGCGCUCGUUAGCGUGCGCCGUGGCGCGAAUGAUUCAAUCACCGAGCGGCGCUCGUUGACGCUAUCAUCAGACUUUUUGAUUAGCAGAAAACGAUUUCUCUUCUUCUCCUCCUCCUCCUCCGCCCGCUUCUCUCUCUUCCUCAUCCCCCCUCGCCCGACCCCUGCCUAGUCUACAUGACCAUGGUAGGCUCCGCUCCGUCGCUCGUGCCUCCCAUAGAGCGUCCUCGGCCUCGCCGCCGCAGUCUGGCGUCCCACGCUCAGACCCAUCUUCGCCUCGCCUCGAUCACUUCAUCUUCUCCUGCCUCUAUCGAACGCGACCCCUCCACAGUACCGGCUGCUGAUCUUCGCGGCUACACAGCAGAGAUUGCUUCUUUGGCUCUUGAUGACGCUUUUGCGCCCGUGCCAGUGCCUCCCUUAUCAUCCUCUGGAGAGUCAACAUUAACCUUGUUGCUGCGCACCGCAAACGACCAUCCUCUUGCCGAUUCAGCAUCAACUUCCUCCGGCUCAUCGUCCUCUUCCCAGCCAGAUCCUCUUUCUCUUCACUCCGACAACACAUACAACGAUGACGAACCGGCCGAGGAUCAACCCUUGCUCAACGACUUAUCCCGCUAUGGCUCCGAGUUCGCUUUUUCUGAGCCCUCGGAGACCUCGUCUCGUCCAUCCUUGCUCAGCCGUAUUUCUUCCGCAUCCUUUCUUUCUCGACGUCGGUCUUCGCAAUACAGUCGAACCGUCUUUUUCAGCCGACCAAGACCGUUCAUUAAGUCGGCCUCUCUCUACCUCCGAGAUCACCGAUCUGAUUUGAUGCUCCCGUUCAAAUAUAUUCCCUCAGUUAUCCUUGGAGUUCUACUCAACGUCUUGGACGGUCUGUCAUAUGGAAUGAUCCUCUUCCCUCUUGGAGAGCCGUUAUUUUCUUCCCUUGGUCCUGAAGGUCUCUCGAUGUUUUACGUUUCUUGCAUCAUCUCCCAGCUCGUCUAUUCCGCCGGUGGCUCUGCCUUCAAAGGAGGCGUCGGUUCCGAGAUGAUCGAAGUCGUUCCUUUUUUCCAUUCAAUGGCCUACACCCUUCUUGCUCGGAUCGGAGAAGAUAAGCCUGAGUCAGUUCUAGCUACAACUGUACUUGCUUACGCGAUUUCGUCAGUUGUUACCGGUUGCGUCUUCUUCCUCCUUGGCUUUGCCCGUAUCGGAUCGCUCAUCGGUUUUUUUCCACGACAUAUCCUCGUGGGCUGCAUCGGAGGAGUCGGAUGGUUCCUGAUUGCCACGGGCCUAGAAGUUUCUUCCCGUAUGGACGGCAGUAUGGUUUACGAUUUGGAGACGCUGGAAUUUCUCUUUCACCCAAUGACAUUUUUAAAGUGGGCUGUUCCUCUGGCUCUUGCAUUUAUUCUUCUCGCCUUGGAGCAUUUGAUCAAGCACCCUCUUUUGGUGCCAACCUACUUUAUCGUUGUCUUUGUGGGAUUCCACGUUCUUGUAUCGUUUAUUCCUGGGAUCUCCCUACAGGCUUUGCGCGAUCUGGGUUGGGUCUUUGUUAGCCCCGAAGCAAGCAUGCCAUGGUACAGUUUCUACGGCCUUUACAAAUUCUCUGCUGUUGACUGGCCCGCGUUGUUUUCCACGAUCCCUGCAAUGUUUGCUUUGACGUUCUUUGGUAUUCUACAUGUUCCGAUCAACGUGCCAGCUCUUGCUGUCUCGGUCGACGAGGAUAAGGUUGACGUCGAUCGAGAACUUAUUGCUCACGGCAUCUCUAAUGCUCUCUCCGGAUUGUGUGGAAGCAUUCAAAAUUACCUUGUUUAUACAAACAGUCUGCUGUUCAUCCGAAGCGGGGCCGACAGUCGAAUUGCUGGAUUUAUGCUUGCUAUAGCAACCUCUGGAGUGAUGCUUGCUGGUCCACGUGUGAUAGGCAUAAUUCCUGUCAUGGUUGUUGGAGCACUGAUCUUUCUCUUGGGAAUCGAAUUACUGCGCGAAGCUCUAUAUGACACCUGGGGGCGCGUCAAUCGGUUCGAGUACUUCGUUAUUGUUGCAAUCAUAGUCUCUAUGGGUGCUUGGGAUUUUGUUUAUGGUAUCAUCAUUGGCAUAAUCCUAGCCUGUGGGUCCUUCGUUGUUGAGUCUUCUCGCAAGUCAGCUAUUAAAGCGACCUACUCCGGUACGGUUGCUAGAUCUACUGUAAGGCGUCAUCCAUUCCAGCAGCGUUUCCUCAAGGAAGUUGGUGAUGAGAUUUUUGUUGUGAAGCUCUCAGGAUUUCUUUUCUUCGGAACAAUCGUUUCUGUCGAAAGCAAAAUCCGCGAUCUCCUCGAGAAUCCUCACAAUGAACAAUUCCGAAGAAUCAAAUACCUUGUCAUCGACUUCAAGGAAGUGCGAGGCGUCGACUUUUCAGCAGCAGAGGCCUUCACUCGGAUGCACCGACUUCUAGAAUCGCGGAAAAUUGAGCUCACGAUGUGUGCUUUGUCUGAUGACGUUUCUCGAGGGCUGCAAGCCGUUGGACUUUGGGAAAAUUCCGAUCCGGAUAACGAUAUCCAUAUUUUCGCUGAUCUAAACUCUGCACUCGAAUGGUCGGAAAACCAGCUCCUUGCGGUAUAUUAUCAUGUCAGGGAUCAACAAAAACUGGCAGCUAUGCACAAGAAUGGCAAACGAUUCGAAAGCACUGUCACGCACUCUGAAAUGCCUAUUGAGGGAACUACGAUAAUUCAGAUGAAGGCAAACGCGCUUAUUUCUGAUAACAUGUUCAGCAUGUCUUCUCCGCGUCAAACGCUAGUUCACAGGGCCAGUUCGAGUGCUAUGCUCGCAGACCCCACUUUUGCUUACCACAUUUCGCCUGAUCAUGUCUCCCAUGAAGGAACUGCGGCAACCUCAGGAAGCCAGAGCUUGCUGCAGACCAACGAACAGGAGAUCAAUCAGCCGCUCACUCUAUUUUUACAAAUCAUCGCUGACUUCUCUACUCAGCCAUCUUCAUUCUGGGCCCCGGUCAUGACAUACUUCAAGAGAGAAGAACACAAAGCCGGGUCCUAUCUUUUUCACAAGGAUGAUGAUGCUGAUGGAUUUUACUUGGUAGAGAAGGGAAUUCUCAAGGCAGAGUACAAUCUUGAUCAGGGCAAAUUUUAUGAAGCGAUUGUUGCAGGAACUACAGCAGGAGAGCUGCCAUUCUUCUCUGAGACCAAGCGUUCUGCUAGCAUGAUGGUCGAACGUGAUGCUGUUGUCUGGAGGCUUACUGCUGAAUCUUGGCUGAAGUUUCUGAACGAGGCCAAUAACGAUCAUGAAGCGGCGAAUCGGCGGCAGGUAGCCUUGGAGCUAUACAAAAUUGCGAUGAAAUUAACUGCAGAAAGAUUCAGCGCUAUUACAUCAUAUGUACUAACCUCGGCUGGCUAGUCUACAUCUUCCCUCAUUUAUGCUAAAGCAGUUCAGUUUUGCAGAUUGUUUUCAUAUUCCCUAAAAUAUUUUGUUCUUAUGUUUUUUUGAUUUUUUGAUUCAUCAGUAUAUAUGUUCCAGAGGUCGGGGUUUGUCUUCGCUUUUCACUUUUACUGCUUCAACUAUUUCUGAGGUUUUGGGAGAUUCAUUUUGCAUUGUAGAGAAUACAUUGAAAGUUGGUGUGAAUAUGUAUUCGGUGUUGAUAACACAACAUAGAUGAGAUCACAAAAUAA